CCAGGCACCAACCCAACACGGAAACCCUGUAUCAAGCUACAGCAAACCAAUAUCAAGAUCGUUUCUGAGCUCAAAUACCUCGGGAUUAUCUGGGAUCGAGGCCUGACGUGGAUCCCCCAUCUUCAGUACAUACGCAGCAAAACAAACGCAUUAGCCAGAAAAGCCAAACUUUUCCUUGGAAUCAACUGGGGUCAGAAUCCUCAUAUCAACAAAAUCCUGUACACAACCGUCAUAGAACGCAUCUGCUUGUAUGCCGCAACAAUCUGGGCAAAUCCAAUGCAGGGCAGAAAGCAAAAACAGCUACUCACUAUCCAGCGUCCUUUCGCGCUUAUGAUAUGCAAAGGUUUUCGAACCACUGCGACAUCCGCAGCACUAACACUAGCCGGCAUCCCUCCCCUUUAUCACAGAGCCACGCAGGAAGCAGCGACCACCAGGAUACUACAACUCAGACAAGAUGCCACCUUUAAUGGACACACCUUCAGCCCCACCUCCUACGAACACCUAAGGCAUCACAGCAGACAACAUCCAGGUGACAAAGGAAAAGGAGUCAUCAUCAGCAUCCCAAAAGCUCCCUCUUCAAAUAUCACAAGCGCUCAUCCUGUCUACUAUACGGACGGCUCUAAGCAGGACGCAGGAGUCGGCAGCGCCUUCCUUCUUACCCACCAUAAUGAAGUCAUCACAAGCUGGAAGGGCCAUCUCCAACCACAUAAUAGCAUCUUCCAAGCUGAGGCACUCGCCAUCCUGAAGGCCAUAGCACACGCUGCACGCUUCAACUACCGCUCACCCAUAAUCUGCACUGACAGCCAGUCAACACUACAUGCCAUAAAAAAUCACAGACAUACAUCACCAAUCAUCAAAGACAUUCAAAGUCUACUGCAGCAGCAUCGCUUCCAACCCAGCAAGACUCAUAUGGGUGAAGGCCCAUGUGGGCCUUGCUGGCAAUGA